CCUGGCAUGAAGAGUCAAUUCCAUUAUUUUAAUUCUGUAAUUCUUGAACUAAUAAAAGUAAAUGACAAAUAUCAAUUUUUUUAAAUAUUAAGAAAUAGAUAAAUGUUUGGAAUAAAGAAUACAGUUCUGAGAAGCACUGUAUGCAUGGAUAAUUUCUCAAGGAAUUUGAGUGUCCUAGUACUGAAUGCUGGGAGUUCAAGUAUCAAGUUUCAAGUUCUAGAUACAAGUACAGGGGAACACAGGGUCAAGGGGUUAGCUCAGAAUCUUAACAAAUCUAAGGGAGAACUGGUUUGGAGCAGGCAAGGGAAGCAGAAAACUAAAAGUACUCUAGAGAAUACUGAUCUUGAAACUGUUUUAGAACAGGUUUUAAAGAUUGUGUCGACAGAAUCUAUUGAUCUUAUUGGACACAGAGUUGUCCAUGGAGGAGAAAAAUAUACUUUACCCACUAAACUGAAUAAGGAUGUGGUGAAAAAUCUAAAAUAUCUGUCUAAGCUGGCGCCUCUUCACAACCCAGCUCAACUAGCAGUCAUUGAGCACAUGCUGGAUAUCUUUGGUUUGGUGCCUCAGGCCGCCAUCUUUGAUACAGCUUUCUACUCGAGAGUUCCGCCACAUGCGUUUAUGUAUCCUGUUCCAUACUCAUGGUAUUCUCAGUACGGAGUCAGAAAAUAUGGUUUUCAUGGAAUCAGCCAUCAGUAUAUAACCGAGGAAGCAGCAGUGCUACUAAGCAGACCUUUAGCUUCUCUAAACAUAGUCAGCUGUCAUCUUGGAGCUGGAUGCAGUGUAACAGCAUCAAAAGGAGGAGUAGGGGUAGACACCAGUAUGGGAUUCUCCCCCCUGUCAGGGAUCAUGAUGGGAUCAAGAUCAGGAGAUGUGGAUCCAACUGUACUCUUGCAUAUAGCUGGUGAAACUGGAAGAACAAUGAGUAGCAUUUUGGAGGAGUUGAAUUCUAAUUCAGGAUUUAAGGGUAUAACGGGUACGCCAGAUUCUAUAGAAGUUGAACACAUGUUCCAUCAGAAUGAGGAGAAAGGAAUAUUAGCUGUAGACAUGUUUGGAUAUAAUAUAGCAAAAUAUAUUGCAUCAUUCUUAGUUCCACUAGGCAGAAUAGAUGCUCUGGUGUUUAGUGGAGGUAUUGGAGAAAAUUCAAGUUUAAAGCGGGCAGUCAUUAUUCAACAUCUUAGUUGUCUAGGCUUUAAAUGUGAAACAGAGGCCAAUAAUAGCUUGUUGUCGGAUAGCUGCAAGAUUCUCAAUAAUGAACAGUGAGACAACUGGAUAACCCUCAAAUCGAAACCGAUAAUGCAGAGAAACUCUUUAUUUCCUAAAAAAUUUAAAUGGAUAAUAAUGCAUGAAUUUGUUACAAAGUUUUAUAAUUUUACAA